UCCGCUGUAACAAGACAAUCUAGUUACUCUACCAACCAUGCCGUCGUCAACAGCCCCAUCUAGCACGACUGCCACACCAACGUGCAUCACCGCCAUCCCCGACUCCAACGGCCAUGUCCCACCCUACGCCUGCAAUGCAAACUAUCAAUACAACCCCUCCUUCGCCGCCGCCAUAGCCUUCACCAUCCUCUUCGGCCUCCUCACAGCCGCGCACAUCGGCCUCGCAGUCCUCCAUCGAAAACGCUUCUGCUGGGUGCUCAUCACAGGCGCAGUCUGGGAGUUUGUCUCCUUCAUCCUACGCGCGCUCGGUACGCGAGACCAGCAAAAUGAAGCGUUGGUUAUUCUGUCUACAUUGCUCUUCCUGCUAGCGCCACUGUGGAUCAACGCUUUUGUGUAUAUGACUGCGGGUCGGCUGGUGUACUUCUUGCAUCCGCGGAAAAAGCUAUGGCGUAUUGAAGCGGUGAAGAUAGGGCGUUGGUUUGUGGGACUUGAUAUCUUCAGUUUUAUCGUCCAGGCUGCGGGUGGGGUCAUGAUGAAUCCGCAGGCUAGUGCUAAGACCAAUGGGUAUGGGAAGGAUGUCUAUAUGGUUGGUGUGGGUGUGCAGCAGAUAUUCAUUCUGAUGUUUUUGGCGUUGAUCGUUAGGUUUCAUUUGGAUAUGCUGAAGAUGGAGCGCGAAGGUCAGACAGGUGGGGAGAUCGGUCAAAGGGCAGGUGCUACGCGAUGGAAGUGGCUGACAUAUACGCUGUAUGCUGUCCUUAUCCUCAUCACGACGCGUAUCAUCUUCCGUCUGAUCGAGUUCUCGGCUGGGGUAAAGGGGGCAACAAACGUUCUUGUUGGUACGGAAGGGUAUGUAUUGGGGCUGGAUGCCGUGCCGAUGGUGCUGGCACUUGUAUUGCUGGCAGCCGUACAUCCUGGAAUCGUCUUGAAAGGGCCCGGAAGCGAGUUCCCGUCGCGCAAAGAGAGGAAGGCGGCGAAGAAGACGAGAAAAGCCGAGAAGGAAUCGCGAAAGGGUAACAACUACUUGCUGCAGAAUAGCAAAAGCGGCCCCAUAGUGGAAGAGAGCAUGCGUAUGGAUCGGGGGACGAGUCACGAUGUGUGAUUGAGUUGGAAUGACAUCUGUAGAAUCUGAAAUUUGUAUGACAGAGUUACAGGUUGGUAGGC